AUGGGUGGCCACAUAAUCGACAUUGAGCUUAUCAGAGCGACAGACAACGAGAAGAAGGCGACGAGACUUGGCUUGAAAACACUGGCCAAUAUUUGCCUGGUAGUGAUACUGUUAUAUGGCGGCCUGUUCUACUAUGUCCAUUUGCCAAAGCUCAAAAGUAUUCUCCACACGGGACUGGAUCCACCCUCAAGGUGCUGGUACAUCGAGGUGCCAACAGAAGCACCCAUCUCUUCCACCCUGGUAACUAUUAAUUGGACGACCUCGUGUCCCCUAAAGCAUGCCAUUGUCUCGUACACCGACGACACCAGAGACCGUGACGUGAGGCCAAGCUUGCUUAAAAAAUUCUCGUUGGCUGCACUUGUGGACACCGACCAGUCGGACAGCUGGUACCACUACCAGACGACAAUAUAUGCAAAGGAGGGCACACAUGCCAUAUAUAGCGUGCACACCGGAGAGCGGGUUCUGGACAUGCUGCCAACAAUAGACUUUUAUACCGCUUGA